AUCACCAACAACGCACCAAAAUACCAUUUUAUAUUUCCCUCUGUGUUAUGGUCACUUCCUGUCUGAUCACUUCCUGUCUGAUCACUUCCUGUCUGAUAACUUAUGAUCACUUCCUGUCUGGUUGCCAGGUUCCCUCAGACAUCUUUGUGUGCGUCGGUUUCGGGGUCACGACCACGUUCAGGGUGGGCGGAGCCAGCAAGUCCCUGUUUACCGUCUCUGAGCCUCAGGACAAAGGCAGUGAAUGCAGCAGAUAUUUCAGCUACGAGCAGCAGAAGCUGCAGCGCCUCUGUGUGGACGAGCAGUGUCAGUGUAUGACGGCUGCGUGCGCUGCCUACAGAGGAACCAUCGAUUUGACUCUGACAGCAGCCAAACGCACAGAAGAGACCUGCAAGCCGCACAUCACAUACGGUGAGAAAAGCAGAUUUAAUGCUGAUAGUCUUUGAGGAGGAUGAGGUGAA